AUGAUCGAGGGCGCGGGCCGGGCGCCCCGCCGGCGCGGCGCCGCGACCCCGCGUUCCGCGAGCGGCGCGGCACAGCCGGCGCCAGGGGCACCAGCCGUGGUGCGGCGGCAGCUGGAGCGGCUGCACCAGCUGCAGUGGCUGCACAUCCCAAAAACAGGCACCAGCUUCAUCGCGACCAUCUGGAACUACGCGUGCGGGCAGGAGGGCCUUCCCUUGGACCUCUACGUCGACGCCUGGUAUACCGCGGCAUGCGGUAAUUGUUACGACUUCGCCGUUAUGGACCGGUAUCCAAAGAGGAUAUAUUGCGAUCCUGGGGUUUUGUCAUCCCGGUUCCAGACUCAGCACCGACCCCUUGAGCAGGAAUGGUUCUCUGCCGACAAUGUCGUCGGUUUUUUUAGAAGGCCAUCCCAGAGGCUCAUUUCGGGGCACCGAGACAAGCUCCACGCCUCGGGCUUCACGGAGCGGGUCAAGAAGCGGCUGGUAGAGUCGUGCAUGACACGCGGCGCAGGUUGUUAUGCCAGAUUCCCAGGCAUUGCAGGCUGCUCCGCAAGGAUGCUGGCGGGCAGCACCUGCGCGGACGCCUCGGCAAUUGACGAUCCGCGAUGGGACCACGGCCAGAGCUACGUGGAUACCGCCGUCACGAACGUUGCAAGGCUUCAGUUCGUCGGCGUGACGGAGGACUGGGACGAGAGCGUCUGCCUGUUCCAUCGCAUGUUCGGUGGCAGGGUCAACCCAGCGGAGUUCAAGGACUUCCAUUCGCACCCCGGGAAGCACGGGGACUAUGACGAGGCGGAACUCGACGGCUUCGUCGACGCCGCCGAUGAGCUCGUCUACGCGGCCGCCGCGCGGCGGCACUCGGCGCUGCGGGCCCGGUACGUGGACGGCGAGUCCGCGUGCGAGGGCAUCGUGGCUCGCGCGGGCGCGGACGGCGGCGGCGCCUCCCGGGCGGACGCGCUCUCCUGCGGCGCCCGGGGCGUGCAGUGCGGUCACCUGGAGGGCCUGCUGGACUGCGGCGAGUGCCCGCGGCACCGGGCGCCGCCCGGCACCGCGCCCGCCUGCACCGCGGGCGGGGUCUGCACCGUGGAGGGCAGGAACAUGUCGGAGCGCUUUGCGUGGUACGUCGACUGA